AAAUAUUGUAGGUGAGUACAACUCAUCACUGCAUUCCGGUUUUUUCUUCUUCAUCAUCCCAUCUCCUAUCCACAUAAUGGAAUUCCCACGUUCCAAUCUCAGGGUAUUAUGGUCAUUUAUCCUCUUCCAUGCAAUCCUUCUCUCCUCCAUCAACUCCUGCUCACCCUCGGUAUUUACAUUGAAAAAUGAGACAGAUCGACUCGCAUUGCUCGCAUUCAAAUAUGGUAUUUCCGAAGAUCCUCUUGGAAUCUUGAGUUCAUGGAACGAUUCUCUCCAUUUCUGCGAAUGGGUGGGAGUCACCUGCAGUCGCCGCCAUCAUCAAAGGGUCACGAGCUUGAACCUCAGGGACCACAGCUUGGUGGGCCACGUAUCACCUCACAUUGGAAAUCUCUCUUUCCUGAGAAGAAUCGAUCUCUCCAACAACAAAUUCCAAGGCCAAAUCCCUCAAGAAAUCGACCGUCUGUUCCGGUUGCAGCAUCUCAAUCUGUCCGUAAAUUCACUGCAAGGAGAAAUUCCAUCCAAUCUGAGCCACUGCACAGAACUCAUAGUCCUUAACAUCAAGCAGAAUCAGCUGGUAGGAGAACUUCCUGCCGAGCUUGGCUCUUUGUCAAAGGUCAUUUUUCUUUCCGCCGCGAGUAAUGAUAUGAGAGGAAGCAUCCCACCUUCGUUGGGAAACCCUUCCUCUCUCAGUACUCUUGAUCUAACAUAUAACAAUUUUGACGGGCAAAUUCCAAACCAGCUUGGUCAAUUGGCAGGCAUUAUCAAUUUUGGAAUAGGUGCAAAUCAGUUAUCAGGUACGAUUCCACCAUCGAUUUAUAAUCUCUCAUCCAUCCAAGUGUUUAGCGUGGCAGUUAACCGGCUACAUGGAAGCAUUCCCCCCAACCUAGGCCUUUUGUUUCCACACCUGCAACGGAUUUCUGUAGCUAUAAACCAAUUCACUGGAACGCUGCCAAUUUCAUUGUCCAAUGCUUCAAGUCUCGAAUUAGUUGAUUUUAGCAACAACAGUUUUAGUGGACAUGUGCCUUUGAAUCUAGGAAGUCUUUCGGGUCUCUACCUUUUCAAUAUAGAGAUAAAUCAGCUUGGAAGCAGAGAAGGUGAUGACCUGGGCUUCCUCACUUCACUGACCAACUGCACCAAUUUGAAAGUCCUAUCUGUUUAUUUUAAUAAUCUCUCUGGUGAGUUGCCCGGCUCCAUUGCUAAUCUCUCGACACAGCUAGAGGUUCUGUUUUUACGAGACAACGAGAUAUUUGGAACUAUUCCCCAAGGAAUUGAGAAUCUUGUCGGCUUGUAUGCUCUGCAUCUGGGAGAGAAUUCCAUGAAGGGUACUCUUCCAGACGCUAUUGGGAAGCUUAACAAGUUGCAAUCCUUGAAUCUAAGUCGAAAUAAAUUUUCAGGGCAAAUCCCACCGUCAAUUGGCAACAUCACUCGAUUGAGUAUUCUCCUCUUGGAUGGAAAUGAUUUCCAUGGAAGCAUACCGUCGAGUUUUGGAAAUUGGGGAUUUAUGGAAGAAUUUUUCAUUUCUCAAAAUAAACUCAAUGGUAUCAUACUCAAACAAGUCGGCGCAGCUCAAAUCAACCUGUCUCGUAAUUCAUUCACUGGGUCUCUCCUGCUGGAAGUUGAUUACUUAGAAAAUAUUCGGGAAAUGGACGUCUCAGAGAACAAACUAUCAGGUGAAAUUCCAGACACGUUGGGAAAGUGUCAAAGCAUGGAGUUGCUUUAUAUGCAUGGCAACUUGUUUCAAGGAACCAUUCCUGAGUCUCUAAGGAAUUUAAAAGGUAUCGAAGAGUUAGAUCUUUCGCGCAAUAACUUGUCAGGGCAGAUUCCAAAGUAUUUUGAAGAAUUCCUUUUCUUACAGUAUUUGAAUUUGUCAUUCAAUAAUUUCGAGGGUGAAGUGCCCAAAGGAGGAAUCUUUAGAAAUGCCAGCGCAAUUUCAGUUGUCGGAAACAGCAAACUCUGUGGAGGUAUACCAGAACUACAAUUGCCAGGGUGCCUUAAGCAAGCUUCCAAGAAACGAAGAAAACCUCUUGCUACCAGAGUAAAAGUCACAGUUAUUACUGUGGUUUCGUCUUCAAUUCUCUUGUCGUGUAUCAUUGCAGCUCUUUAUUGGAGAAGAAAUUCUCCAAAGAAAGCUUCUUCUCCAUCUUCCACAGAGAAUCAGUGGUUACAAGUUUCUUAUGCAGAUCUCCUUCAAGCAACAGAUGGGUUUUCUUCAGCUAAUUUAAUUGGUGUGGGAAGUUUCGGUUCUGUAUAUAAAGGAAUUCUAGAAUGCUUUGAAACACUUGUUGCAGUGAAGGUACUCAACCUCCUACGGCAAGGAGCUUUUAAGAGUUUUGCAGCUGAAUGCGAAGCUUUAAGAAACAUCCGACAUCGAAAUCUUGUCAAGAUCUUAACGGUUUGCUCGAGCAUUGAUUUUAAUGGCAAUGAUUUCAAAGCUCUGGUGUUUGAGUACAUGCCUAAUGGUAGUCUGGAGAUGUGGUUACAUCCAAAUGUAGAUGAACAACAUCAGUUGACGAAUUUGAAUCUUACUCAAAGACUAAAUAUAGCCAUUGAUGUGGCUAUGGCAUUAGAUUAUCUUCAUCAUCAUUCCCAAACACCAAUUGUUCAUCGGGACUUAAAACCAAGCAAUGUUCUUCUUGAUGAUGACAUGGUUGCCCAUGUGGGUGACUUUGGUUUAGCAAGGUUCCUCUCUGAAGCUGCAGAAAGUUGCUCUCAAAAUCAGACCAGCACAUCUGGGAUUAAGGGAUCUAUUGGGUAUAUUCCUCCAGAGUAUGGGAUGGGCGGUAAGGCGUCCACACAUGGAGAUGUAUACAGUUAUGGAAUCCUUCUACUCGAGAUGAUAACUGGAAAACGGCCAACUGAUGACAUGUUUAAGGACAAUCAGAGCCUUCAUCACUUUGCAAAAUCGGCUUUUCCUGAACAAGUAAUGGAGAUUAUAGACCCAAGACUUCUCUUAGAAGAUGCCAAAGCUAUUCAAGACAGGGAAAAUCGUAACCAUUUGAGAAAUAGAAUGCAUGAUUGCUUGGUUUCAUUGGUCAGCGUUGGUGUAUCAUGUUCUGCAGAAUCGCCAAAGGAACGAAUGAAGAUGAAAGACGUUGUCAUCGAAAUGCAUGAAAUAAGAGACUUAUAUCUGGAAGUAGGGAUUCACCGACAGAGACAAAUAGGCCCCUACUGUUAGGUGAAGGUUCAUCUCAUCUUAGUAACUACUAAGAUUAGUAGUUACAUUGAAGAAGAUUCCGAUAUAAAAUAGAACUGUUUGAUAUUUUUCUUAAGAAGCUCUAGAUAUAUAUUGUUCUGGUGUUGAAUCUAGGGAAAGAUGUUUUCGUUUUUGUUUUUGUUUUUUUCCUUUCCUUUCUUUAAUCUUGUUUUAAAUAGAGACAUUGUCUCAAAUACAAUUAUUAGAAUGGGUAAAUAAAAGGGACAAGGUGCUUUCCUGUCUAUCAUGGUUACAACGAUUCGGACGGUUUAAUUUAGUUACUUGAUGUAUUCCGGAUUUUGAGAUUGCCCUUUGAAAGUCUUGUUCGGUCUGAAUUUUUAGCUU